GCACUGCAGCCGCGCGCAUCAAGGAAGUCAGCUAAGCGCGACGACGACGUCGGCGGCUCUUCUUCUACUUCUUCUUCUCUCGCGCCGCGCAACAGCUACGCGGAGCGAGGAGGAGAGAGAGAGAGAGAGAGAGAGAGAGAGAGAGAGAGAGAGAGAGAGAGAGAGAGAGAGAGAGGUACACCUAUAUGAGAUUGCCAGACGCUAUAGCGGGGCUCAGUUCGAGAAGAGAGCUAGGCUGCUGCGGUGUGUUCAGUUGCUGCUACCCUUGCGCGCGCGUGAAGUUCCAGUGCGACCGGUGGUUUCCUUUUAUUAUUCUUCUCUUCGAAUUUCGAGUCGACUCGAGCUUCUCCCGCUCCUGGCACUGUUUAUCAUACUUUGCUAUACAGUUCUUUAACUCAUCAAAACUGUAGCUCAAACACAUACCAGAAAACGCAUAAGUAACGUCAGUUGACUCAACUGAAGCUGCCAGUCAUCGAGCACAGACGUAAACACACAAAUAACCUUUACAAGUAUGGCAAGCCUUCGGAAUAUCCUGGGAGCGCAGGAGCUCACGGACAAGAAGUCCAAUCUGUACCGCGCCCUCGUAGCCGAAUUCCUGGGCACGAUGUUGCUGAACUUCUUCGGCUGCGGUUCGGCCAUCACCGGUGACACUCUCGCCAUCAGCUUCUCCUUCGGCCUGACCGUCGCCGCGGUCAUCCAAGCCAUCGGACACGUUUCCGGCGGACACGUCAACCCGGCCGUCACUUUCGGCAUGCUUGCUAUCGGGAAGAUUCCGGUGAUCCGUGGACUGCUGUACGUGAUAUCCCAGUGUUGCGGGGCGAUCGCGGGCUCAGCGGUGUUGCGAGCGCUGACCAGUCCGGAGAAGGAAAUGGUGCUCGGCGCUGUGGCGCUGAAGAACGGCACCGAUGGCGCCAAGGGUAUGGGCGUCGAGUUCUUCCUCGCGUUCAUACUCGUCCUCGUAGUCUGCGGUGCCUGUGAUCCUGGCAAACCGGAAGCUAAGCCACUGGCGCCGCUGAUUAUUGGCCUCGCCGUCACCGUUGGACACAUCGUUGGUAUCGAGCGAACGAGCACCGGCAUGAACCCAGCACGAGCACUGGGCAGUGCGGUCGUCGUUGGCGAGUUCCCCGACCACUGGCUCUACUGGGUAGGCCCAAUCCUGGGAGGCGCCGCUGGUGCCCUUAUCUACACGCAUGUGAUUGGCGCUGCCAAAGAGCCCGAAUUGCCCAGAUCGUACACGACCGUCGCUACCGAGGAGAAAGAGCGGUUCGAGUACAUAGACAGUGGACGGGGCGGCCUGUAGAAAAUAUAGAAAGAAGCGCACUCGCUCGCGCGCCCCCAAGAGCGAGAAAGAGAUCACUGAUCGAGGAUCGUAUGUCCGUUAUUUUGCAGCUCCACCGGCUCACCAGGAAGGGAGCUCAGCCCGCUUGACCUGCGCCGCUACAGCAGUCGCCAGCAUCCUUUCCUUAACGCUCGCAAAAACAGGCGCAGCUGCAUGUGCACGUGCCCGAGCCUGUGCGCUGUUCCUUUGUACUUUGCCUCUCUUUUCUCUCUUCCUCGAUUCUUCUCUUAUCUCGAACACGAUCGGCGCGCGACGACUUCGUGAUGCAGCUUUGCUGUGGUUUAUACAAAGUGCCUCUAUGAGAGUCUUGAGCAUCACCGCGGGAAAGUCGCCGAGUUGGAUUUGCGCAUUCGGUUCUCUUGAUUUUUCUAGCCUGAGAAUUCAUACUAAAUGAAAAUGCCAGUUCUUCUAUACAGGGGCAAACUUUACGAACGCACACAACGACGAGCUUUGGUCAUUGCCUUUUUCGUUUGCAUUUAAAAAAUUCGGAUUCGUGUCUCUUACAACUGUAUACAGAAAUACCUUCGUUUCCUUGUAAAAUGUGAAACUCCGUAACAGAAACUACAUUGCUUCGCUUUAUUAUUUUAUUAAGAGACUAAGAUUUAUAUGUUUUUUAUAUAGCUUGCCGACGUUUAUUUUAUUUAGAACGAUUUGCGAGUAUUUUUAUGUGUAUGCCAAUCUUAUUCGAAUUUCAUUGUUACAAUAGAAAAAAAAACUGUAAUUACUAAUGAAAGCAGUUGAUAAAAAUCAUCGAAAUCUUUUAUUUUGUUGCGCCAAGUUCAAGAUGCAAGAUUCAAAUCGGUUCAUUAUUUUACACGAUACCUAUAAAUGUUGAAUAUAGUAAGAUCUAUAUGAUUAAUUUAGCAUUAAGCUCACUCGUAAAUAGAGUAGAUACUAAUGUACGAAAUAUACUUAUUUAUUAUCUUUCAUAAUGUUUAAUUUGAAUGUGCGCUUUCGGAGAGUUAUGUGUUGAGAGCAAAUUUUAUUUUUUUUAUAGUUGCUGUCAAAGUAUAAGAAUUAUUCUUUUAUAAUAAAUUUCAUAUAUUUUGCAUAAGAUACAUUUUUUUUUUUAAAUUACAAAGUCCAUUCUGUAUUUUGUAAAAACUCAUAUAAAUUAGAUUGUACCUGACUAUGUAAAAUGGAUAACUGCAAGCAAUCCAUUCUGAUCAACGAAACAAACAUUGAUUUCACUGUUACGUUUAUACAAACUAAUAAAUUUAUAUACGAAAAAAUUAAAAAUCAUAAUUGCUUGAAUCCUGUGUACCUCUGAAUAAGAAGCAGAUGAGAGGAUAAUAAAAACGCAAGAUUUUCCGUACGUACACACCACACUUUGUAUUUAAUACAGAGUUUGUUAACGUAAUAGCGAUGGUUCACCGUUUUUGUAAAAUAUUUUCUUACACCAUGUUACACGAAAAUUGGUCAUCGAAAAGAGACUGCAUUACAAUGUACAUGUUUAAUUUUACUUUGUUAUGUAUUAAACAAAAUAAAAUUAUGUUUUGAUUUUCGACA